CAUGUUUUCUCAGAUAUCUCUGCAACAUGUAAAGUUGUGGUGAACAGCGACCUGGAUUCUGUCCAAUUCCUUGAGGCCCUAAGGGAACAGGUCCCUAAUGUGCCUACACAUUUUGACCUUUGCAGAAUGGUGGGAAGUGCUCGGCGAUUCACUUCGAUUGAUGCCCUUUGUCCAAGGGAUAUAACAGUGAAUCGUGCCCUGGGAAGGUCCAACCUUUAUAUAAGGCCAAAACAGGAUGAUGUCGCCCUGUCCACAUCUGGGGUCAGCCCCCCCCCCAGGUUUUGGACAUCCCCCGCCGCAUCUGGGGUCAGACCCACCGCCCCCCCCCCAGGUUUUGGACAUCCCCUCCACAUCUGGGGUCAGACCUCCCCACCAAGAUGUGGUUCCUGCCCAGGAUGAGGAAUCACUAUCUUCAGACAUCCCCUCCCCAGUGCACAGUCCAUUAGCAAUGGAUAGCACGUCCCCACUGCACAGCCCCAGCUCACCCCAUUUACCGUAUGUUCACGAAUUGGAAACAACAUUAAUGGGGUUACAGGCCAAAAUCAAAGAACAAUCUUCAAGGGCAAAUCAAAUUAAUGUUUUUCGUGGCGAAGAGUUGGAUUGCGCCCUUAGAGCCUUUGCGAGGUCUACUUUCGACCCGGAAGCCCGGAUUGAUGUCGUUUUUAUAGACAUUGAGGGGGUUGGAGAGGGUGCAGUGGAUGAGGGGGGCCCCACAAGAGAGUUUUGCACUCUCCUCAUGAGGCAGAUACAGGCCUACUUGAUCUUUGAGGGUCCUGAGGAGAGGAGGACAUUGGCCCUGGAUAGUGUUGCCUUACAGAAAGGACACUAUAAAAUCAUUGGACAAAUGAUUGUGGUGUGCCUGCUACAGGGGUUGGUUUCGCCGCAUUUCUUGUCAGACCGAUUAUUUCAACAGGUACGCGGCUUACCACCUACCCCUGCUAGUUUAUACCUUGUGUACGACAUGGGACUCAGGGCCAAAUUCCAAAAGAUUGCAGAGGCAACCACGGUGGAGGCGGCCAAAGAAGCAGUGGAAGAGGCAUCAGAGGAGCUCUCCCUUAUGGGUGGUAUGAGAUUUAUAUCUAAUCUCUCACAGAGGGAUGAGCUCCUGGCGGCCGUCCUCCAUCAUUACUGCGAUGGACGCUUGUUAGAAGCCCUCCAACAGUAAGUAUAGCAGCAUGGUGUUCAUCAUUUCUAUGUCUACUUAUAAGCUGACAAUGUUAGGUAGAUGGCAAUAAACAGGUUUAACUACUAUGAGGUUAACAUUCAUUUCACAUAAUUCAUUAUUU